AUGGGUCCACGUAAAGGUCAACAAACAGCUAAACAAGAACAAGUUAGUUUAGGUCCACAAUUAGCUGAAGGAGAACUUAAUUUUGGUGUUGCUCAUAUUUAUGCAAGUUUUAAUGAUACAUUUGUUCAUGUCACUGAUCUUUCUGGAAAAGAAACAAUAGCUCGUGUAACAGGUGGAAUGAAAGUAAAAGCUGAUCGUGAUGAAGCAUCACCAUAUGCUGCUAUGUUAGCUGCACAAGAUGUUGCUGAACGUUGUCGUGGAUUAGGCAUAACUGCUUUACAUGUACGACUUCGUGCAACUGGUGGAAAUAAAACAAAAACACCUGGACCUGGUGCUCAAUCAGCACUUCGUGCUCUUGCACGAUCGGGACUCAAAAUUGGAAGAAUUGAGGAUGUAACACCAAUUCCAUCAGAUAGUACAAGACGAAAAGGUGGUCGACGUGGUCGUCGUUUAUAA